UCAAUCUAAUUACAACUUACAUCACCUGAAAGCACCAUGUCCUUUUUUUGGGUCGAAAAUGAGAUGUUUACUAUUUACUAAGCACCCUAACUCUUAUCUAUUACAUAAGUUGAUCCAACUUUAGAUAGCCACAAUCAAUAAAAUGUUAACCAAAACUAGUAGAGUGCUCGUUAUUUGCAAGAUAUCCGUAGCAUGAUUGCAUUCUCUUCAUGUAUGUGAAAGUGAAAGUUUCGAAUCAUAACCUAAUAACUCCUAGUUUUGAUGACAACAAUAUGGUUAUGAUGUUCAUUAUUUGUAUAGAUCUUGUGAACACUCAAGACCAUAUGAUAAUCCAACUUAGUUUGAAGUUUCGCGAUCCUCGUUAUUCAUUCCAUCUCCAUUCCUUCCAAGACUACCCACCAUGACUCGACUCGUGUGAUAGUACAAGAGAUGAGGUUGGGUGUCAAUGCAACAACGCAUAUGGUGUUUCAGUCGCAAAUUAGACAUCAUGUGCUAUUACUUUACCAUCACUUCGAUUAUAACCAUGACCCUUUUUUUUAACUAAUUAGAGAGUCCACGUUACCCUUUUCUUUAUCAUUACUUUGCACAAAUUGAUAUACUGAUGUGAAAACCACAAAUUAAUAUACUUUACCAUCCCUAAACCCUAAACCCUAAACCCUGAACCCUAAACCCUGAAACCCUAAACCCUAAAACCAUAGACCCUGAACCCUAGACCCUGAAACCUAAACCCUAGACCCUAAAACCUUGAACCCUAAACCCUGAACUCUAAACCCUAAACUCUGAACGCUAAACCCUAAACCCUAAUAAAAUCAUGUUUGCCUUUUUACCUCUAGAGUGAACUUCUUGUUGUUAUCCAACUCCACCAAGCAAACGACCCCUUAGUAAUGACUAAUUAGGAUGAAAUGAGUUGUUUGCUAGCUCCAGCCAAAAUUUUGUUCGAAAUGAUGACAUGAUAAUACACCAUCAACUUGUCAAUUUUCCGGUUUAUUAAUUUCUGUUUACUUUUCACUUGACUUCUAUAGCCAAAAGUAAUCGGCGAACCUUCAAUUUUCACUUGACUUCAAUUUUCCUGGUCUAGGUCUCUGAGUGGAGUUGCGGGUGACGAUGGUAUUCCAGCCUUUUCCCGGCGGCAGCGGCGGCAUGGCAAGGUUGCAAUGGAAGCUAGGGUUUUGAUUUGUCUACUUUGGGCUCUCUGUGUUAUGUGUGGCACUUGGGCUUUUCGGGUGGGCUUUUGAAUUGCUUAUCUGUAUUGUUGUUCUCUUCAUUUGGGCUUGCCCAUACUUUGUACUCCUUCCUGAAACUGAUUUCGUCAAAAAAAAAAAAGAUAAAAAAAAACAAUCUUCCACCUGUCUCCAAUCGAUGGAUCGCCCACUCUCUCUCUCUACUCGUCGGUGUUUAACACGGAACCGCCAUCGCCUCUCUCUCUUUCUCUCUCUCUCCCUCUCUCUCUCAGAUUGACGACAUGCAAUGAUUCAGGUACUAUUCAGUUGAUGGGUUAUCCAACUUGACCAGAUUGGAUGUGUCAUAAUAAAGCAGCGAGGGAACCAAUGUAGUUUAUCGGGAACCAAGGUAGUUUAGCAGAACAGUCUUUUCCCAUUCCCUCCAUUCCCUUUCUCUUUGGUGUAUAAAUGAACAGAGACUUUUCCCAUUCCCUUUGCUUUGGGGUAUAAAUUGAUGUACAGCAUAUUAUUCUCAUUUCCGCUCCAAUUCUCAAAAUCACCCCGCUUCCAUUCUUCACCUGCAAUAGCCUCCUGAUGUCGAACUCGAACCCGUCUUCUUCGUGGAUCGCCCAAUUCAAACCGGGCGACCGGGUCGAGAUCAGCUCCGAAGACCCCGGGUUCCGCGGCUCCUGGUUCGCCGGCACCGUCGUCCGCCGCGAUGCGAAUAACACCAAUCGUUACGUAGUCGUGUACGACCAGCUCUACGAGGACGAAACUGGGGACAGGCUGCUGCAAGAAACCCUCGAUUGGAUCCAUUUGCGUCCGCCGCCGCCGCCUCCCGAGAAGAAGGUCCAGUUCAAGUUCGGCGACGAAGUGGAGGCUUUCUACAACGACGGCUGGUGGGAAGGGGCUAUUACUGCGGAGCACUCCGGCGGGAAAUUCGUGGUGUUCUUGAGAGGCUCAAAGGAGCACAUUGUAUUUGAAGAGGAAUAUUUGAGGUUGCCUGUUCAGUGGGUGAAAGGUAAGUGGGAGCCGCGAUUCGAACAGGUUCAGCGGGAGGAAGAGAUGAAGUUCACUCAAGGAAUGCAAGUCGAGGUGACAACUGACGAAGACGGUUUCAAAGGUGCUUGGUUUGCUGCAACAAUUAUUGAACCUUCGGGUGAAGACAAGUACCUUAUUGAGUACAAAACCCUGACGAAUGAUGAUGAUACUGAGUUUCUCAGAGAAGACAUUCGUGCUUGCAACAUAAGGCCUUGUCCGCCGGAGAUCAUUGCUGUUGAUGGAUUCAAGGUGAUGGAUGUAGUAGAGGCUUACUACAACGAGGGCUGGUGGGUUGGCCUGAUUGCAAAGGUUUUGAGCAACGGCAAUUACCAGGUUUACUUUGUUGAGUAUGAUGAGAAGACAACGUUCAAGCAGGCUGAUUUGAGGCCACAUCAGGAGUGGUUAAACGGCAAAUGGGUUGUUCCUUAAGAGGUCUGAAUUUUAUGCUCUCAAUCCUAAAAACACUACGAGCCUUUCUUCUUGCAUGUGGUGGUGGUGGUUUCUGACUUUCUGUUCUCCGUGUUUGGUUUUUAGGUGUGUUGUGCUUGGAACGGGUGGCGGUGGUUUCUAUCGGCGUUGCGGUGGUGGACGGCGACAUGAUGUGUGCGUGGUGACGUUGUGUCUUUUGUGUGGGCUUAGGGUUUUUGUGUUGUGGGGUUUGGUGGUGACCCGGGGUUGGGGAUUGUUUUGUUUUUGUUUUGUUCCCUGUACCUUUAGGUCCGGUUGCAGCAGCGCACGGAUCUGGCGGCAGUUGUAUUUAGUUGCUGUGCUGCCCUGUUUUUUGUUUCUAAUUAUUUAAUAUAUAUCAUCAUUAACAAAAAAAAAUUUAUGGCUGUCAAAUAUGGUUAUGGUCAUUUUGGGAGCCAAAUAUAGCUCCUGUUUUCCUUUGAAAGCCAAAUAUGGCUGGAGUAAAGUGGCCCAACGCAGACCUUUUUUUCCUCUCUUUCCUUUGUGAUUCGUUGUUGUUCUAUUUGAAUGUAUUUUAAAUUUAAAUGAGAAAUCAUUCAUGUAGUGACGAACUAUAAAAAAUGAAUGACUAAUGUUAACGAUAACAGGAGAACCAUUCUGAUUUUCUUUCGGCAUGCUACUUGCUCUUCUUAUAUUUAACUAGCUUUAUAUACGGCCCGUUGGCCGGAUUUAUCAUAAAAUUUUCAUGAGUAGUGAAUCGUAAAAUAAGUUAAGUACCUCGUCCGAGAUUAUAGUUCAAAUUUGUAAACGUUAUCGAAAUACAACUUUCAAAAUUGAGUGACUUUCAUUUGAUGGGAUGAAAUACUCCUACUCUUGAUCUCCCGAUGGUUUUAUACUCUAACCUCACUCAUUAGGCAAAAGUUUCUUUCACCACAAUCUAGUCCAUGUUGACAUGAGGUGGACGAUUACAAUCAAAAUGAGUUUUAUCCUACUCCACCAAGCAAACGACCCCUUAGUAAUGACUAAUUAGGAUGAAAUGAGUUGUUUGCUAGCUCGAGCAAAAAUUUUGUUCGAAAUGAUGAGCCAAAACUCAAUAAAUGAGUUGGGUUGUGUUCGGAUCGUAUUAGCUCGUUCGUAAAAGAGCCCAGCAUGAGUUCGGCUUGGCUCAUUAAAAUGGACCAUAUUUCUUUGGAGUGACAUGAUAAUACACCAUCUAAUUGUCA